UAUUAGUAUUAAGAGUCGUGUGAAGCUGCCAGGAGUAUGAUCCAGUUUUUCGAGGAAGAGGAUGCAGCGAAGUGCGGAGAAAAUAUUUGUGUGGAAGAGGAGCAUGUUUCUAAAAAGCAGUCCUUCCCUCGAUCUCCCCUUAUUUUCAGAGCACGGCGCCCGUCCGAGCAGUGGGCUACAGCGGUUAGCAGAGUCCGGAUAGGACUCAGGGUAAUGAGAGGCUUCCAGUUCUAUACCAGUAGGAGUCUAGCCAAGGCUGUGGGUGACGGAAGGAGUGUCAAGGAGAGGAAUCCAGGCAGAGACAGAGAUUUGGGGAACUUCCCCGGUAUCUUGAGGAAGAUCUGCAAGAAAAUCAGACCGGAGGACCAAUGCUUUAUGGUGGUCGAGUUGGCUACCCCUCAACCAGAUUUACUUCUUCACUAUCUCGUAAUGAUCCGAAACAAGAACAGUUUUGGCUAUAAGGAAGAUAUGUUGUUGGGAGCCGAAGUUGUUAUUUCUGAUGGUGAAGUGGAGGAUGUUAAUUUCGCCUUUUAUGUCCCACUUCUUUCAAACGUCAGAGUACAUCUACACGGAGAGAACAGAUUUGUGGUGACCACCCCCCACGACAGUUACGUCCUAAAACCUUCCACCAUCCAGAGCCAGUGGGCAGCCCUAACCUUCCUGACAGAGAGUAUACGCCGAGCCCAGGAUUGUAACAUGUACGAGCUGGGGAGCACACAUUGGUGGUGUUCUCACUACAAGAAUGUAAAGCCGUUAGACUCCUACUGGAGACACAAGCACCGGACAGAAGAGGACCAGCAGGCUACAACAAUGCUCGAUAUAUUUGGGUGCAGGAAAAGAAGGAAAUCCUCUCCUAGUUCAGAUCCUGGCACAGACCCCAUUCCCGAGAACGAAAAGUGUCUGACAGAAAACGAGGAACUGUUGUCUGAAAUAAAACUGAAAGUAAUCCAGAACGAGAUCAGGAAUGUAAUGCACAAGAUAGACAUGGAGGUGGCUGAUUGUGGAUCUAUCAGAAAGCAGGUGGAAAAGAACCUGAACAUGAAUCUAGCCGACUCAAAGAGUUGGGUUAACGAACAAAUUCUCACAAUAUACGGACAGAUGGACGAGCCCAGUCUGAUUCUGGAUUAUUUGUACCUUGGUACGGAGUGGAACGCUUGUAACGUAGAAGAACUGCAGGAAAAUGGAGUGACGCACAUUCUCAAUGUGAGUAGAGACAUUGAAAAUUUCUUCGAGAAGAAUUUCCAAUACUUGAGGGUGGAUGUGUUGGAUCGACCUGAUCAAAACCUUCUGGAAUAUUGGCAGGAAACUUACAACUUUAUCAAAUCUUGCAAGGAACAGGGCGGCAAGAUAUUAAUACACUGUCAAAUGGGAGUCAGUAGGUCAGCCUCAUGUACAAUAGCUUUCAUCAUGAAGGAGUACGAGCAGUCCUUCAAAGAUACCCUCCACACGACCAAAGCAAAACGGAACUGCGUUAAACCCAACCCCGGCUUCCACACACAACUUGAAAUUUACGAAGAAAUCCUCAGAACUCACGGCUACUCAGCUGAUUUGUCAGAUGCUCUGAGGGAGAGGGAGGUGAACGAACCAUGAAUAAUUGAAUAUAUACAUUAUGUUUAAUUAUACAAGUUAUACAGUUUUUACUCUUGCUCUGAAGUUUCUCACAUUAUGACCUUCUAAUAUUAAACAUUGCUAAUUUUCAAGGACAGAAUUUAGUGCAAUUAUUUAAGCGGUUCCAAAAAUCAUGUGCUUUAUGUGCCUCACAUGCAUAAUGCAUAUUUUUGGUAAUGCAAUUUUAUGCUCGUUGCUCAAUUGCUUCUUUGCUACUGAAUUUGGCGCAUUUGGAUUUUGGAACAGAAUUACGACACCAAUCUUUUUUAUGAUCCGCGUUAAAUUGUAUUCAUUGUAAAACUUAAUUUCUAAGUUGUUAAAUGCUUUGUUUGAAUAUUUGUACGAUGUUAAUAUUUAAAUUGUGUACUUAACUGUUUUUAUUUCAAUCUUAUA